UCAUCUCCAUCCUUUUUCUGCACCGUUUGGUUCAUCCCUUUGCGCACCGAAGCAGCUCGGUGUUUUUCUCUGUUCAUUUAUUUUUUAUUUUUUUUAAGCGUCUCUGGAUAAGACUCUACUCGGUGUUUCCUAUAAUAAACAUCAGAGGGAAAAGAGGAGAGGUUGUGCCAUCACUACCACCGACACGAUCCACUGUUAAGUCCUGCUCGGGACGAUCCAUCGGCGCGACCGAUCCGUUAGAUAAAACCGGAGGAGGUGGGGGGUAAACACUGCGAGAUGACUGUAGAGUAAGCCGGCUAAAGCAUAAAGGGAGAGAGACCCCGGCCCCCCUGGUUAUCACCGAGACUCCAGCAUCACCGAUGCGAUGGCAUAGCGGCUUCUGCAGCAAAACUACCAGACUAGAAUCAGAACAGCAGGGCUCUCAUGCACCAUGAACCUCUGAAAGACAUCCGACACAGGCACAGAUGGGUGCCACGUCGCUGCUUGUUUGCCCAUGGACUGAAUUCAACAGUCGACGCACAGCAUUGUGACUUGACCAGGAUGAAAAUGCGGCGGCACAGGGUGUUCUUGCUGUGCACGGUGGGUCUGUGUGUCAUCUCCUUCCUCCACUACUACAAGGCCCUUCACUACGUCUCCCUGCUGCGUGAGCUCUCCGCCCCGUACCCCAACAUCAAAUCCUUCAUCAUGGUCACAGGCUUCUUCUGGAGGGAAAAGGGUGUGUCUGCCACCCCUCUCAGCCCCGCAUCCCCAGAAGAGGCUCCUCCACUACCUGUCCUCCGUCAGUCAGACAGCAAAGCUAGAAUCGUGGCAGAUGCUGCGGGAGGGGGAGGAGGAAGGGCAGGAGGAGGGAUGGAUUUGGGGAUUGGGGGGGUCAUGGUCGGAGGCGCUGGAAUCAUUGGCAACGCAGGGCUGCAGAUCAGGUUGAGGGAGGAGCCGGCACCCCCUCACCCUUGGGAGAAACCAGAAGAGAACCAGCGGGGAGACACACCGAACGAGGACAAAGCUGAAGACCUCUUAAUGCUGCGGAACCCCAGCCGCCCAGCACAACCUGCCAGGUCUGACCUUCCAGAGGUCCCAUUGGUGGGAAAAGAGCACUGGGUGGUGUCACACAAGGAUAAAUUGGAUGACUCCUUUGAAGUUAUGGGAGACCUCCACACCCGCACUCACCAGCUUCAAGAUGACAAAACCUCCUAUUUUGUCCGAACCAAAGCUGGAGCCCUUUGCUUCAGGCAGGGGACAGAGGUGGCUACCCCAAAGGAGUACUCUGGGAAAGCAGGGGGGUCUGUAGCCAAUGGAGUUGUCGAAGGUGCUCGACCUGGGGUUGCUGGGCUACGAAAACCUCUAGAGGUCCAGCAGCAAUCCUCCAUAGCUCCAAAAGCCAAGGCCAGGGCCAGGGGCAAUGGGAAGCGUCUGGUCAAGUGUGUGUGUCGGCCAGGGUGGCACGGACCUUACUGUGGGGUUCCCACAAUGGUGUACCACUCCAAUCUGCCCACCAAGGAGCGGCUGACGCCUAGAGACACCCCACGGAGGGUCAUCAAUGCCAUCAACAUUAACCACGAGUUUGACCUGCUGCAUGUGCGCUUUCGUGAGCUUGCCCAAGCUGUUGAUCUGUUCCUCGUUUGUGAAUCCAACUUUACUGCCUAUGGAGAGAAACGGCCUCUGACUUUCUUGCGGCUUCUCCUCAAUGGGACGUACGACUACAUACGUCACAAGAUCCUGUACGUGUUUCUCGACCACUUCCCAGAGGGUGGUCGGCAGGACGGCUGGAUCGCCGAUGACUACUUGCGUACCUUCCUCACACACAACGGCAUGUCCAGGGUGGUGGGUGCAAGAUCGGAUGAUGUCUUCGUCAUCAAUGAUGCAGAUGAAAUCCCAGCACAUGAGGGGCUUGUUUUCCUCAAGCUGUUUGAUGGCUGGACGGAGCCUUUCGCCAUCCACAUGCGCAAGUCACUGUAUGGAUUUUUCUGGAAGCAGUUUGGCUCUCUAGAGGUGGUGUCAGGCUGCACGGUGGGGAUGCUCCGCGAUGUCUACGAUGGUGACGGUAUCAAGCUCCGCCGUCGCGAAUACUACACCAUGCCAGGUUUCCGUAAGUAUGAGAAUGACACAGGCCACAUCCUGGUGCAGUGGUCAGUGGGCAGCCCCUUCCACUUCGCCGGGUGGCACUGCUCCUGGUGUUUCACUCCCGAGGGGAUCUACUUCAAGCUGGUUUCAGCGCAGAAUGGAGACUUCCCACGGUGGGGCGACUAUGAGGACAAGCGUGAUCUCAACUACAUCCGUGAUCUGAUCAGGACCGGGGGCUGGUUCGAUGGCUCCGUGCAGGAAUAUCCACCUGCGGACCCUAAAGAGCACAUGUACGCCCCCAAGUACAUGCUGGAGCACUCUGACAGGUACCACUACCUCCUGGAGAACCCUUACAUCAAAGUGCCCAGACACAGUGAGGGCUAGCGGUUCAGCUAAGAAGAAGUGAAAUGACUAGUACGGCCUGAGUUAGGCCUCAGCACUGAGUUUUGAGGUGCGGAACGGUACUGAUGAACUACAUCUCUUAUAGGAGCGAUACUACAUGUAUCUCCACCAGGCAGCACUGAUGUUGCAGGGAUUUAAAAUCUCUUGAAAAUAAUUAUUUCGGGGUCAAAAAAGGGAACACUGAAAUACAUCCAUCAUGGAUUUCCGGAGAGAUCAUUGAGAGGAUACAACCACUGGAUAAACAAAAUCAUAGAUUUCCUCAUUCCUCCCUUUUUGAGGGAGGAGCCAAGCUUUCUCUCUUUUUGUCACACCGACCCCGUCCUCCUUUUCUUCAUCCGAGCCAAUAUGCCUGCUGAGGGCAAGGGGCCGUUUUCGAAGUGAAGAAGGGAUAUUUCGCAGCGAAACCUGUGGAGACAAACUUGGAAGUGAAGAAUCGUCUUUUGUUUCUGUCUGUGUUUACUAAAGUUUACGGACUGAUGUUCUUGAUUCACUCUCCAACUUCAGAUGUCUUCCUGUCAUAUUUGGUGACCUCUUUCCAGAAACAGACAGUUCAAGAUGUUACGUUAUUCUUGGGUCUCAGUAGAAAAUGAUUCAAUCCUAUUUAAACCCCGCUGGAGUACCCACUGCCAAAUGAAAAGGAAUGACUUGAUGGAGAUGUUUCAGCUCACAUAUUCACACUCAUCCACAUGCACCUUAGUCCUGUAUGUGUGUUUGUAAAAAAAAAAAAAAAGUGUGCGUGCAUGGUCUGUCCUUGUAUCAUAUUAUAUAGAAAGUGAGAAAGAAUCAUCUGGGGCGGGGUUUGGGGGGAGGCCAGGAAACAAAGACAGCAAGAUGGGAGACAGAAUUAGUAGCAAACAUGCAAGACAGAAGGGAGGAAAGAACCAGGAAUAAUGAGGGAGGAAGAGAACAGUGAUGAAAAGAAAAGAAAAGGAGGCUCUUCCGACGUUUCUUUUUCCCACAGCGUUUUCUGGUGCAUGAGUGUCGCAGGGAUGAGUGUGCAGAAUAUGCGUUCGUGUCCCUCGGUGCUCGCAGACAGCAAUGAAUAAAUCAUGCUCUGUCGAUGCCAUCCGAGACGGAUGAAACUCGCUGUUAUUGUUUGUCCGAUGAGAACAAUCGAGACCACCCUUCAGUUUUGUCUCUCUGUCUAUCCAGCAGCUGAGAUGACUUUGUUUCCUUGGAAACUAAAGUAUGUGGAAAAAAAAAAAAAGGAGCUGGGAUGGGUGUUGUUAAGAUGAGUGGGUGGGUUCACAUCAGGCUAGAAGCUGCAAUGAUCAGACGAGGUCAACGCUGACUGUAGCUCCCCUUGGUUAAAUAUUCCUCUUUCUCCAAAGCUGUCAAUCACCGCUCUCUAAAAAAAUGACUCUUCCAUGCUUUUUUUCUGCCUCCUUAUUUCUCUUUUAAUGCUGCUAAGUUUUUUUUUUUUUUCCUUUGGUGUUGGUUUCCCCUUAAUCCUCAUUAAAAAGGCACAUUUUUUUCUUUCUUAAAUUCAAUUAUAUCCUCAUCUUCUCUACAUGUUUCCCUCUCUGGCAAAAAUGUUGGAUAUUCUCCAGCUUUUCUUUCUCUUUUAACCUACACCCACCCACCCAAUCACACAUACUGGGCCUCACACUCUGCUAUGGGUGUGUAUCUAUUUCCUCUUAAUCCUCACAAGAAUGCCCUGUUUCAAUAAUAGAGGUGUAUUUAUCUUCUCCCUGGCUCAUUUCUCUGCCCCUGUCUCUACAGGACAGGACAAGGGAGGGCAGCCGUUACCAUGGCGAUGCCUUCCCUGUGCCUACAGAUCACUAUCAUCUGAACAUUUAGGCAUGAGCGCUCAUGCCUCUUGCUUUGUUCCUGCCAUAGACGGCUUGUCGAUGUGGCUACACGCCUAAAUCCCCACCCCACAUUGUUUGGCAAAAAGUUGACGGUGUUGUGGGCAAUUUGGCGAGCGUGUUUUUCUCUGUGGGUGUGUGUGUGUAAUUUGGGCUGAGGUCAGCGGUGGUGGUGGUGGUGGUGGGGAGGGGGUGCUGGGUUACGUUCUUGGGAAGUGUGAGAGAAUCGUAGCAGAAAAAUUAACAAUGCGAGGGAGCAGUUAAGUAAAGAAGGACACUAAACAUGCAAGCAGUUUCAAUCAAAAACAGUAGCUCAUUGAUUUUUCUCUUAAUUGUAGAUUGCCUGUAUCCAACAUCUGCUUCUUGAACGCCUGUCUGAAUACUGUUUACCUCAGCUUCGGGCUAGAUACUGUUUCAAUUUCAGCUUUCUCAAGAAGAAUAAAA